AUGUUCUUGGAAGAAGCUUCCAACGGGACCGAGAAUAGUGACGAGGAAGAAGAUGAAGAAGGGGAAGAAGAUGAAGAAAUGGAAGAAGAAGAGUUUGAACAAGUAGUUUAUAACAAAUACCUGGAAGGAAGAAAUUAUAAGUUCUCUGGAGACCACUUGUCGUCGUCUGUCAGCAGACUUAAAGAGCUUCAGAAGAAUGAAUCAAUAACAAUACUGCCUGCCGCCAAGGGGAACGCAACAGUCGUACUGAGCACCGUUGACUACAUCGCCAAGGAAGAGAACCUAUUGUUGGAUCCCAUUUACAAGAACAUCCGAAACAACCGAAUCAAGAAUGCUGAGAAGAAGGACUUUGAUCCAAACCGACUCAAGAACACCUCAGCUAUACUGCUUGCCAAAGAUUCACCAAAUAUCCCUCUUCUACCGACAGUGAGUGCAGUUGGAUCAGCAACACACCCUCUGGUCCGAUACAUCGCACAGGAAAAAAGGGACUUAGUAGGGGGGGCAGAGCAUCACGUCAAAAACGCCAGAGACUUUAUCGACAGGAUUCGAGAAAUUGAACUCCAACCAGGAAAUAUCCUAGUGAGCUUCGAUGUUACAUCCCUAUUUACAAAAGUACCCGUCGACGAAGCCUUGGAGGAACUGCAUCGAAGACUAAUCGCAGAGGACAAGGAUGAGAGCCUAAUGAAUUUGGCGAAAGUGUGCAUAAAAUCGACCUUCUUUGCAUUCCGGGACGAAUUCUACGAACAGACGAAGGGAGCAGCAAUGGGUUCAGCGUUAUAUACAGUCCUGGCCAAUAUAUACAUGGAAGCCUUUGAGAACAAAGCCCUGGAAUCCACAACGUUGAAGCCUAAGUGCUGGCACCUAUAUAUUGACGACAACUACAUCAUCUUGCCUCACGGACGCAACACUGUAGUGGAUUUCCUGGAUCACAUCAAUGGGAUACAUCCAGAUAUCCAGUUUAUCAUGGAAGUAGAGAAAAAGGCCUCCCUUCUCUUCUUGGAUUUUUUGGUUGAGAGGAAAUCAGAUGGCACUUUAGGACAUCGAAAGAGGAAUAUCAAGACAGUAUUCAGCACUGUAAAGAAGGUGGCGGCAGCGAUUCCAAAGACCUGUAACAACGACCAGCUCCAGGCCCCCGGUGUGUACAAUACAGUAUUCCUUGCUCUUGUGGAAAGGUCUACAUAG